UACUACUUAGAUGUCAAAGGAAUUUAACUUGUAGAAAUGUUAACUAGUUUUAGUGGUCUUUUUUACAGAUCUAGUUAUAGAGAGGAACACGGACACGGACAACGACCUGUCAGCCCGAGCAGGUAUCCGAACUGCCAGAUUUGCGGAACCCAGCUGGGAACUGACGCAGUAGAAGUGAACGGGAAGGGUUACUGUCCCAAAUGUUACCCCAUGGUCCAGUACCCCGUCUGCAACGGCUGCGGGGAGGAAAUAACGGGUCCGUCUGUGACUGGGAUGAACCGGAAGUGGCACCCUGAGCACUUCACUUGCUCCGUCUGCGGGGUUCCAUUCGAGCAGCUGAACCGAGUGUACUACGAGUAUAACGGACGGGCCUACUGCAAGCGCCACUAUGACGAGAUGUACGAGAUAUGUUACUACUGCGACAGGCCGGUAGAGGGAGAAACCGUCGGAGCUUUUAACAAGUUCUGGUGUGAAGACCACUUCAAGUGUUCCUUCUGUGACACCCCAUUCUCUCUGCAGUCGAAGUUCUACGAAGUGGACAUGCGCCCGGCCUGUAAGAAGUGUUACGGAGUGGUUCCCCGUAAGAAACACCGGAAGACGAAGCUGCCCGCCUUCCAAGACACCUUCAACAUCUGGCAAAGCGGUAGCGAGACUGACAGUCCAUAAACAGUUGAUUUUCGUUGAAGAGAUUCAUUAGUGACGAAUGAGCACGGUUAAUACAAUGUUCUUCUAUAGUUGACUAGUUUUAUAAUUUCAUCACCCUAAGGC